CGACUUCGGGAAAGUAGUGACAGCUGACUGAUCAACCAAGCUAUGAAACUACUAAAAUAUUACGUUUAGAUGUAAUUAAGAUUAUUAAUGUAAUUUCUCAUGUCCGUAUGAUCUGCUUGUUUAGUGAGGCCACUGGAGUCCCAACUAAACCCAGCGCCGUGGCACUUCUCUCGCUGUAAUCCUUGUGCUGCUGUGGCAGCCGCUCUACAUGCCGUGUCUUAGCUUAUUUUAGCGUAGCUUAGCUUAGCGUAGCUUAGCUUAGCGUAGCUUAGCUGCCACUGGAGACUUCAUGUUUAGCCUCCUUCCCUCUGCUCUUUCGCUGUUCCCCCGCCUUUACUCGAGGACUCUGACUGGAGCCUGCCGCCUCUUCUGCAGCAUGGAGCCGGCCGUGGUGAGGUGCCUCCCGGGGGAGCCCAAACUCACCAUCUCGUUCUCUCUGGACGGCAGCCACAAGCACAUGCUGCGGGACAAGGACGAGCCGCUGGCCAAGGUCCUGGCUCGGAUCUCCAACGGCAUCAUCAAGUCCCAAAUAAAGGCGAAGAAGUCCAAGAAGAACCUGGUGCAGCAGCCGAGCGAGGCCGCUGAGGUCGCCCUGGUGAAGCUGUGUGUGGACGGAGGCGAGGUGCCGGACACGGUGCCGAACUCGGAGGCGUGGCAGGACGGAGCCGUGCUGCACGUGGGAGACGUGAGGUUCUCCGUUCACAGGAACCCUCCCACCUUCACCACCGCGGAGCUGCCGGUGUCUCUGCUGGCAGGCUUCCCCGUUUGUCCCAAACUGGAGAUUGAGUUUGGCGACUUGCAAGACUGCGAGUUCACGUGGUACAAGGAAAACGUCCCAAACGCAAGUCCUGAAGCUGAUGACAAAGUCCCAGGUCAGGAUACAGGCUGGACCCACACAGGAUGCGGGAGAGUCCAUGUCCCAUCCAACCAGGACAUCGGCUGCAGGCUCAAACUUCGCUGCACCCCCAAAGACGGCAGUCGUAGCGGUGUGGCCAAGGAGCUGGUGUCUGUGGGAACCGUGGAGGCCGGACCAGGCGCGUGCACGUUUGACAACAGACACCUGUACACUGUUAAAGUGGUGGAGUGGCCGGUUGUGAGGGUGGUGUCCUACAACAUCCUGGCUGAUGUCUAUGCCCAGACAGAACUAUCUAAGACAGUGCUUUACCCGUACUGUGCCCCCUACGCCCUGCAGCUGGACUACAGGCAGAACCUGAUCAAGAAGGAGCUGAGCGGAUACAAUGCUGACGUCCUCUGUCUGCAGGAGGUCGACAAAGGAGUGUUUUUGGACAGUCUCAUUCCAGCUCUUGAUGCCUUUGGUCUGGACGGUGUUUUCAGGAUUAAAGAGAAGCAGUAUGAAGGACUUGCAACUUUCUACCGCAGAUCAAAAUUUCGGCUGCUGAGCCGUCAUGACAUCAUUCUGAGUGAAGCACUGACAUCUGACCCCAUCCAUUCUCAGCUGCUGGAAAGGGUUUCUACCAACAGUGCCCUGAAGGAGAAGAUACUGCAGAGGUCCACUGCACUGCAGGUCAGUAUCCUGGAAGACAUCAGUAAACCAGGCAAGACGGUUUGUGUGGCCAACACUCAUCUGUAUUUCCAUCCCACAGGAGGGAACGUUCGCUUGGUCCAGAUGGGAGUGGCUCUGCAACACUUGAGUCAUGUCAUCAGAGAGGUUGCACCUGGAUCCCCACUCAUCUUUUGUGGUGACUUCAACUCCCUGCCUGACUCAGGUGUGUUGCAGCUGGUGAGUGAGAGUGAAAUUCCUGAGCAACAUGCAGACUGGAGCAGCUCAGGACCAGAGGAGUCCUGCAGAAUGGAGCUCCUCUCCACCCUCCCUCCCAUGCUGAGCGCCUGUGGUCACCCAGCCUACACCAACUAUGUUGGAGGAUUUCAUGGCUGCCUUGACUACAUCUUCAUACAGCCAGACAGAAUGCAGGUGGAGCAGAUGAUUCCGCUGCCCAGUCACCAGGAGGUCACCACAUACGAGGCUUUGCCCAGUGUGGCUCAUCCCUCCGACCACAUCGCCCUCGUCUGUGACCUCCACUGGAGCCGUUGACCUCAGACCUCAAAUCAACCUGAUUUGCAAAUGGUGGAACUUUCUUCAUACUUGAAUGAAUCCACAGCAUGAAGCCUGUUUCUGCAGGUUUAUUAAAGAUGAAAGUGACUGUAGAUGGACAUGAGCAGACAAAUUGUUUCACACAAGAACAAACGCGGAAAUGGAAAAAGGCAGUAUGACUGAAAAUUAUGGAAUUGAGUUCAUAUUGUAUUAUUUAUUCUCAGCUUUAAUAUACAAUAAUGAAUUAAUAAUUGUUGUGGUGGUGUUUCAUGCACAAAGCAGACACAGAAACAUAUAUGACAUCUGCCAGUUUUAUAUAUUUACAUGCGCUAUCUUCUCGGAAGUACGGUAACCUGCACACGUCGGCGCCACGCUGUUUUUCUCUGAUUGGUGAAAUAUCGUUUGGAGGCGGGACAUCAAUUUGGGUCAAACCACUGUAUCUAAUGACAGGGACGGUCCCACAAUGUAAACGAAGGUUUGUGUAAGUAUGUGUAACAUCGGUGAACGUAUUGUAACGUCGUUUGAUAAAAUUACAAUCAUAGUGUUCCCCUCAAUAUUUUUUUAUACACUUGUGUUCUUUGUUACUUGUUAAAUCAAACCAAAUGAAUUAAAGGUUCCCCAGUCAG